AUGAUUUUACCAAAUCAAAAGUUGUGCCCAAAAAAUCCACCUUCAUUACAAGGUCCAAUCCGAGUGUGGUUUGAUGCACCAAAUUUUAGUGAUUUGGAGCGACUUUAUUCUUAUCUUGAUCCAGGUGGACAUGCACAACCUAGGCACUGUGUCGCUCGUGAUCGUGUUGCAAUCAUUAUUCCGUAUAGAGAUCGUGAAAUGCAUUUGCGUACUCUUCUUCAUAAUCUCCAUUCGUUAUUGACAAGACAGUUGCUUGAUUACGCGAUUUAUGUCGUAGAACAGCUAGAGAACGAAACAUUCAAUCGUGCUAAGUUAAUGAAUGUAGGAUAUGCCGAAGCAGUUAAAAUGUACGAUUGGCAGUGUUUCAUAUUCCAUGAUGUUGAUUUAUUACCAGAGGAUGACCGCAAUUUAUAUACUUGCCCAGAGGAACCUCGGCACAUGAGUGUAGCAGUGGAUAAAUUUAAUUAUAAAUUGCCAUAUAAAACGAUUUUCGGUGGGAUUUGUGCCUUAACAAAAGAACAAUACCUAAAAAUUAAUGGUUUUUCGAAUGAUUUUUGGGGUUGGGGUGGUGAAGAUGAUGAUAUUUAUAGAAGAGUGACGAUGGCUGGAUACCAAAUUUCGCGAUAUCCACCGGAAAUUGCUCGGUACAGGAUGAUCAAGCAUGAGAAUGAAAAAGGAAAUUCACUAAACAAAUGUCGUUAUCAACUUUUAACUGCAACAAAAGAAAUGUGGAAGAAGAGUGGUAUUUCAUCGUUAAAAUAUAAGUUAAUUAGUCUUAAGACUUUGCCUCUUUUUACACACAUCAAAGUAAGCCUUAAUGAAGAAGAAUCGCGAAAGCAAUUGAGGCGUGAAGGAUUCACAAAGUGUUGA